UUCAGGAAUAUGAAUGAGAAUAAUGUUUUUGUGUCCUGUUGAUCCGCUUGGCUUCCCUCUCACCAUUCCACCCCUGCUGGCGCAGAUCGAUCGAUCAGAACUAGUGGCCUCCAUUGCGGGCGGUUCAUUCCGUACAGCGCAAUGGGCGCAGCCGCUCCAGCUCGACGGCUCGGCCUCCCACGACCCCGACGAGGCUUCCCCGCACCACGGGCUCAGCUUCGCAUGGCUGUGCUCACGCAAAAUCUCCGAGCUCGACGCCACGGCAGCUGCAGCGAUCGAUGCCUCAGCCGGCGUUGCUUCCAAUCCCUGCCGUGUGGCCUCCUCUCCAGCACCACUCCCUUGGGCCUACUCUACAUCACCGACUCUAGACAUCGCAGCCCGGCUACUCAUGGCCGAUGCAGUCUACCACUUCUUGCUUGUCGUGCGCAAGGAGGGACGGGCCGAGGUCGCAAGUGCCCGACAGGCCGUGAGGCUCACGUCGGCGAGCACGGUGCCUGUUGUUGAGCUCAUGUGCAUUCUCAAUUGUGGGCCGGCCGUCAACCCCAGUGAGCGACUCGUCCUCUCGGGCAGAUGUCAUGACUGCAACCAGACACCCGAGCGACGACUUGGAUAUGAGUGGAGCCUGAUGUGGGUCGCUGCCAGCGCUGGCGGCGGCGACGACACCACCACUACUGCCACUGAAGUCCUUGUCGACUGGGACAAACAUUCACUCACAGGGUGCCACCGCUCAUUCCUCUCGCUUAAUCCUCAUGCCUUUGCCGACUAUAUGUCACUACCGGGGCAGCUACUGCUCCAGCUAAACACCACCUCCGCCAACGCGGGAAGGAGCAGCAUCCACCGUUGGGCAUUCGCCGUCAACCCUAUACCAUCCGGGGGCUCGUGCGAGGUGCGCCCGACAGAGGGCACCGCUUUGGUCACCUGGUUUCAGGUCGCAUGCAAGGAUUUUCAAAAUCACCACCAGCCACUUCGGUACAAAGUCUUCUCGUGCCUGGGCAUCCCGUUGAUGUCAGUAUGUGACCGCACAAUCAUCUACAGUGGCUACAGCCCAUGGUCUCCACCGUUUCUACUGCCUGGUGGCACACAGGUGCUCUGCAUUGAGGUGUGGAAUGCUGUGGAUGCCUACACUACGCUGUUCCUCAACGUGUCAGUCUCCAAGCAGCCAGAUACCAGUAUAACAAUUCUCGACCUACAGAGCAUGGUUCUGGGCAAUUACUCCAAACUGGGCAUGAUGCUGAAGGGAGGAGAUACCUCUGCAGCUGCCUACUUGAUCGAUCUUGUCGCAAGCGAGCUCAAUAAUGUGGCCAGUGAUAUGGACGAUGCACAACAGACUGCAUUGCAUGCACGGCUACUCGAUGGCCUCGAGGAUGUGCCCCUCAACAACAGAGAUGACAUCCUGUUGGUGUCGGCCGCCUUACAGAAGGCCACAAUGGGAAUUGGGAACCUGGGUGCUGGGCAGUCACUGGAACUGCUGAAGAAAACGGUGACAAGACUGAGCAAGGUUAACAGUGCCAUUCACUCCCCCCUCUCUGGAUUUGAUGAGCUAGAAGCCAUUGGCAUUGAGCGUGUGAGUAUGGCGGUGCUGGGAGCCCUCACAAGUGUUCUCAAUGCCUCCUCCAGCACCUUCAAGGCAGCUCCGCAGAACCAGUCCGCCAUGCUCCUGAACGUUGUAGUGCCAGCCAUUGCCAUGAUGGCUGAGCUGGGGGCCACUGUCCUGGUUAGGAAAGUGAACGGCGAGGCCUCCACAGUCCUGGAGGCACACGGACUCAGGCUUUCUGUGCGCAAGGCCGAGAUGUGGGACAUGGAAUCUGGUGAUCAGGCCAACAUAGACUGCACAGCCUGCCUGAUGCACUCCUUUGUCAGCAAUACAACCACCCCCUGGCUGGGCCCCAAUGCCGUUGUGUCAACAAUGCUGCUUGAGUUUGAGACGAGUCCCCUGCCCAGCUUUGGACCUGACACCAACUUUGGCUCCUCAGUCAUGGCCUUCGCUGUGACAACUGUGGACACCGAUUUGAAAACAGUGGAGCUGCAUACCAAGUCAGUGGACCUGGUGGUGCGUCGCAGACAGGUGGGGGACAAGGCCCUGCCAGUUCACUUUUACCCAGAUGAGAAUGCAAGGACGGGUUCUUCUGCGGAGUUUGUCUUCAAUGUGAACAUUACGAGCGUUGGCAGGGGAACACUCACUUUCCUCAAGUUUAGCAUCAGGGACAGUGGGCUCUCCAUCGGCAUCAUGGUCAACAUCAACGCCGUGGCCUCACGUGACGUGCAUGCAAUUUUGGAUGAGAUUCCCUUCCCCAAGUGUCAAGGGUCAGCAACGGCAGCUGAGUGCAGUCGACACCGCCUCUUGCCUACCAAGCCUUGGCUCCUGUCACACAGGACGGCCAGCCCGCACCUAAUAAAAUUGCCCACGUGGAUCUUGAAAAAUGCCAGUGGCUCAGAUAGUAUGGGUAAAGCUGUGGCAACCUCUUACAGAAUAUUUGUGCGCUUAGAGCCGACGCAGCAGGUGGAGAACCCCGGGAACAUUGGCGUCAACGUGACGCUCUUCCAGGCCAGUUGCCUGGACUACCAGAGUGAUGCCAGGGUUUGGGAUGAGUUAGCCUGCAAGCUGGGGCCCCUCACCACGGGCGACAAGCUGCACUGCCAGUGCGGGCCCAGCCAUGGAGGCUUUGCUUGCAUCGCUUUGGGGCUUAUGCUACGCACCAUGGCCACUCGCCUCUUCAUCAUCCCGGAUAUGGUAGACCUGCGCAAAGUCUUGGUCCUCAUCAGGUCGAUAGCACACAGCUUCAUCACAGUAGUCACCAUGAGUGCCGUCCUCGUGUUCUUUGGGUUCACAUUUUGCUGGGUGCGUCGGAAGCAACGCUGUGAGGACCAGAGGAAUUUGGCAGACUCCAGUGGUAUCCAGUCAAUAUUCGUCACCCUCGAUGACAAGGAGGAGAGUGACUCCUUUUUCUACAUCCUCACCAUAUUCACAGGCAGCCGUCUCACCUCGGGUACCACAUCGGACGUCUACCUCAUGCUUGUGGGCUCCAACGGAUGCAGCAAGACACACCAUGUUUCAGCGCAUGGUCGGAGGCUGAUGAAAACCGCUUCCGUAGAUGUCCUUCUCUUCACAGCAAAGCAGGAUCUAGGCGAGCUGUGCUACUUGCGGGCCUGGGUCAUCCAUCAGGGCAACAGCCCCAGCUGGUACCUAAGUCGCGUCAAGGUCGAGUGCCCUCUCAGUGGACGCUGCUGGUUCUUUCUGUGCCGGAGAUGGCUAUCUGGGAGCGACUUAGAUCAUAUUUUCCCGGUUUCGGAUUUGGGUGACACUGCCAGUUUUUGGACAGUAUUGAGCAUCCAGUUUGCUGUGAAGAUGUGCGAACACCACCUGUGGCUGUCUGUCUUCCAUCCGACGCCCAUUGGGAAGUCGUUCACACGAACAAAGCGGUUGGGUUGCUGUGUGUGCUUGCAGCUGUUCGACAUGCUCACGUCCAUUAUGCUGUUCCGCUUAUCGCACCAGGCACUGCAGAACGCCCACUCGCUGGUUGUCCGUUUGUUGCAAUCUCUCACCAUCGUAGUGGAGAGUGCCCUCAUUGGCCUCCCCUUGCAGUUCAUUGUUGUGAAGGCAUUCCACAAUGGAGAUGUUGAAGCUGAAGCUGCUGCCACUGCUUGUUCUUGCACUACAUUGUACCUGCCCCUCCAGCCACAACAUUCGAUUCGCUCAAUCAGACAACAGCCAGAAUUGUCGAGCUCCUCGCGGGCCCAAAAGUGGAAGGAAAGACUGUGUCAUGGCUGCUUUCUGGAGAGCAUACAAAAUGAUGACAUCGCUUCUCAAAUUUCCAGCGGCAUCCUUUCCCACCACCUAAGAAACGCACGCGGCACUUCUCAACUCAGUUUACCAAAUGGGCCGAAGCUGAAGGGCUGCGUCCUCCCAGAAGCCUACUUCGACAAGAUCCUUGGCGGCAUUGAGGUGUUUGAGGAGAGCACUAUUCCUAGGGGCAUCAACUUUCAUGUCCACCAAACUAGCACCACUGAUGCCACACUCAACGUGGUGGAUACUUCUUCACAUGCAGCCUCCAGCAAUGCUGCUAUAAUUGUGAAUUCCAACGUGGAUCAAUUCGAAGUCGACAAAGAGGCAGACAACAAUAACAAAACGGCAUCUGACGAAAAAGCAGAUGAUGACACAGAAUUUGACAACUAUAGCACCAAAGAGGUGGCGUUUUACCGGUCACUCAGUCCAAAGUGCCGUGCUGUACUCUCGUGCUUGCGUGCGUUUUUGGGCUGGGUAGUUGUUAGCACCGUGAGCUUCAUUUCCAUCUUCUUCAUUAUCCUCUACGGCUUUCAGUACGGCCAAGUCAUCUCCCUACAUUGGCUGUUUGCUACCGUUUACUCCAUACUGCAGUCCGUGGCACUGGUGCAACCGGCACGCAUACUUUUGUUCACCGCCAUCCAUGCCUACCGCCGGCGGACCUGCGGUGACCUCAACUGGGGCCCCACCACCACCACUUCAGACUGUAAGACAGCCCAGCGCAUCUUUGACAAUGUUCAACAGUGGUGAUCAUGAUGACCAUGAGAGGCAAGAUGGGUCCCGCAGCCGGAACUGCCAGCCAUCUUUAGAUGCCGUCCACGCUGUGCUGUAGAGGCGGGCCACACGGCACCGGCGAGACGUGGCCUUUGCCGCGUGGGCACUCUUCAAACGAUGCAGCAUCCUUUCCUACCACCUAAGCAACACACGUGGCACUUUCCGCUUAGUUUGGCAAAUGGGCCUAGGCUGAUGAGCUGCGUCCUGCCAGAAGCCUACUUUGACAUGUUCUUUGGCGGCAUUGAGGUGUGUGAGGAGAGCACCAUUCCCCGGGGCCUGAACGUUGAUGUCUGCAAAAAUGGCACCACCAAUGCCACACGCAACGGGGUUGGAUACUUCUUCACAUGCAGCCUCCGGCAAUGCUGCUAAAAUCGUGGAUUCCAACGUGGAUCAAUUAGAAUUCGACAAAGAGGCAGACAACAAUAAGGACUACAAUCCACCUGUGCGGGAGAGUGAGGCAACUUGUCUCACUCUGCCAGGACUUCAGCUGCAGGUUACCUGUGGUUUGAGUUCAACAACUCACUUGACUGGGAGAGUGAUGCAAUGUGUCGCACCCUGCCAGGAGUUAGGUGUCUGCUUACCUGUAGUAUGAGUUCAAUAAUCCAUUUGGGCUGGAGAGUGGAGCAACGUGUUUCAGUGUUGUCAUGGGUUGUUAGUUAAUAUUUUUGGGUUUUUCAGUAAAGUCACGUAGAUAGGUUCAAAGAAAAUAACAAAAAAUAACAAACAACUACAACUCUCGAUCGCAA